GUUGGGAUGUUUAAGAUUCAUCCUGAAAUUCCAGAAUCACUGUCCGCUGAAACAAGAGCCUUUAUUGUGCUCUGUUUUGAACCUGAUCCUAGUAAACGUGUUACAGCAUCUGAUUUGCUCAGAGAUUCCUUCCUGAAACAAGUAAACAAGGGCAAGAAAAGCAGAAUUGCAUUCAAGCCUUCAGAUUACAAUCGUAACACAUCCCUCCCACUGCCGAUCCACGGAGAACAGGCGGGCAGUAGCAGCAGUGAGCAUGGCUCUGUUUCGCCAGACUCGGAUGUACAGCAUGACAUGUUCUUCGAAAGGCCAAAGAGAUCCAUUUCAGAGAUUCAGACAAAGCAUCCCAUUUCCCACUUACUAAGCGUGCCUGAUGAGGGCUCAGCCUCGGAGGACAGGAGCACCUCUCCUUCUGUGGAGGAUAAGGAUUCCGGUCUGUUUCUGCUGCGGAAGGACAGCGAACGCCGAGCGAUCCUAUAUAAAAUCCUUAAGGAAGAACAGAACCAAGUUGCUUCCAAUUUGCAGGACUGUAUUGCACAGAGCUCUGAAGAACUGCAGCUCUCAGUGGCCCACAUCAAGCAAAUUAUUGGGAUUUUAAGGGACUUCAUACGCUCUCCAGAGCAGAGAGUGAUGGCUUCUACCAUAUCCAAGUUGAAAAUGGAUUUGGACUUUGACAGCACUUCCAUCAACCAGAUUCAUCUGGUCCUCUUCGGAUUUCAGGAUGCGGUGAACAAAGUAUUAAGAAAUCACUUAAUAAGGCCCCACUGGAUGUUUGCAAUGGAUAACAUAAUCCGCCGUGCGGUCCAGGCAGCCGUCACUAUUCUUAUUCCAGAGCUUCGAGCUCACUUUGAGCCAGCGUCAGAAGCUGAAGGCGGGGACAAGGACGGUGAGGAAGGGGAGGAGAGUUUCCAGCCCACUGAACAAAACGGGGCUGAGGAUCCCGCCAUCACGUCAGGAGUCAGCACCCUUAGUUCUGUGGUGUCACGUGAGGCUCAGCAGCAGCUCAGCCUGGAGUUGGGCAGGCUGAAACAGGAGACCUUAAGGCUUUUGGAAACCCUUGUUCAGAAGGAGAGAGAGUACCAGACGCUCUUACGACAAUCUCUGGAGCAAAAAACUCAGGAAUUGCGCUCGCUUCGAUUAAAACUUGAACCCGAAGAGUCCCAGUGGGCUGCAGCACCCUCUAGAGAGAAUGCAGACCCCGAGCUCACAAGCUGGCUGAAGCAACAAGGAGCAGACUCAGAUACCAUUAAGAGGUUUGCUGAGGAAGAUUAUACACUAAGUGCUGUCCUUAAUGAUAUCACUAAAGAUGAUCUGCGGUACCUUCAACUGCGGGGCGGGCUCCUCUGCAAAAUUUGGAAUGCAGUAUUAAAGCACCGACAAACAUCAGUGCAGAAGGUCAACGCUUCAGAGGGAGAAUGUGUAAUGGGAAUAAACGAAUGA